AUGAUCUCGGCAAAGGAGAAGACAAAGGCUCCGAAAGACAGCAUGACUCUCCUUCCCUGCUUCUACUUUGUUGAGCUGCCCAUUGUGGCUUCCUCCAUUGUGACGCUCUACUUCUUAGAGCUGACGGACCUCUUCAAGCCAGCCAAGGUGGGCUUCCAAUGUUACGACCGGGCUCUUUCCAUGCCCUACGUGGAGACCAAUGAGGAGAUGAUCCCGUUGCUCAUGCUCCUCAGCUUGGCUUUCGCGGCCCCUGCAGCCUCGAUCAUGGUGGGCGAAGGCAUCGUCUACUGCUUGCAGUCCAACAUCAAAGGCCGCGCCAGCUCCGAGGGAAGUAUCAACGCCGGCGGCUGCAAUUUCAACUCCUUCCUCCGCAGGACAGUCCGGUUUGUGGGUGUCCACGUUUUCGGUCUCUGCGCCACGGCCCUCGUGACAGACGUGAUCCAGCUGGCCACGGGGUACCACGCCCCGUUCUUCCUGACGGUCUGCAAGCCCAACUACACCCUCCUGGGCAUCUCCUGCGACGCCAACCCCUACAUCACGCAGGACAUCUGCUCAGGGCAAGACCAGCACGCCAUCCUUUCGGCCAGGAAAACGUUCCCCUCCCAGCACGCCACGCUCUCCGCUUUUGCCGCCGUCUACGUGUCGAUGUACUUCAACUCCAUCAUCUCCGACAGCACCAAGCUUCUCAAACCCAUCUUGGUCUUCGCUUUUGCCAUCGCGGCCGGGAUCUGUGGCCUGACGCAGAUCACCCAGUACCGCAGCCACCCCAUCGACGUCUACGUGGGUUUCCUGAUCGGAUCGGGGAUCGCAGCCUACCUGGCCUACCACGCCGUGGGCAACUUCCGCGCUCCGACCGAGAAGGCCCCAUCCAACCCUCCCGCCAAGGACGCUUUGAGGGCCCUGACACAGCGAGGCCAUGACUCCGUCUACCACCAGAACAAGUCGGUCAGUACCGACGAGCUGAACCCGCAGACGCGGCUGGAGGGGAUGAACCGGCAGGUCCAGCGUGAGAAGAACUCCCUGGGCAGCCUGAAGCGUGCCAGUGUCGACGUGGACCUUCUGGCCCCCCGCAGCCCCAUGGGCAAGGAGAACAUGGUCACUUUCAGCAACACACUGCCGAGGGUCAACACGCCCUCGAUGGACGACCCGGCCCGGCGCCACAUGACCAUCCACGUCCCCGUGGACGCCUCGCGGUCCAAGCAGCUGAUUACCGAAUGGAAGCAAAAGUCCGUGGAAGGCCGGGGGAUGACCUUGGCCGAGGAAGUGGCCCGACGGGUCGGCUCCGAUUGCUUGGUCGGAGAGGACGACGAACAUAUCCCGCCGUCGCUGUACCCCACCGUCCAGGCCCGGACGGCCGAGCGCGCCGCCAUGGGUCCCCGGGUCCUCAUCCAGCCGAGGCCCGGAGCGACUCAGCUGGUCCACAUCCCCGAGGAGAGCCAAGCCAACGCCGGGGCCAACAUUUCGCCCAAGAGCAGCUCGGCAGUGCGGGCAAAAUGGAUGAUGAUGGCCGAGAAAGGGUCGGCGUCGCAGAGAGUGGCCAACCCUCCGCGCCUCAUGCAAGUCAUCGCCAUGUCAAAGCAGCCGGGGAUGGUUUCAGUGACGCCCAAGCACUCGGAGACGUCCUCGUCGUCCACCAGCUCCGAUUCCUCGCAGUACCGGUCCCCAUCGGAACGGGACAGCUCCAGCGUCGUCACCAUCGAUGCACACGCCCCGCACCACCCGGUCGUGCACCUCUCCUCCGGGAACGGGCCCUGGGAAUGGAAAGCGACCCAGAAAGUGUCGGACGGGCUGGACGCUUACGAGCUCAACGACAUGGGCAAGGAUUUCCGCGGCUUCCGGCCGGCCAAGAGUGCCGGGGUCUCCCCAGGGUCGUCGGUCAGCGACAUCGAGCAGGACGAGCCACGGUACGGCAGCGUGGCCACCAUCAACGUGGCGGCGGGAGUGGGGGGCGGUGAGACCAGCCCCGCGGAAAACAUGCUCGGGGGUCCCAGCCGCGAGUCGACGCUGCGCCGGAAGCCGACGAGCCUGACGGUUGGCGAGAAGGACGGCCUGGCGGAGGAGACGGAAAACUUCUACAAGAAGAUGCAAGCCAACCGGCGGUUCAAAGACUAG